UUUAUUCAGUACAGCAAAAGAAGGGUGAUUUUGUCACUAUGGUAUGACUCAGAAUGGCACCGAACCAAGUAGAAAUAGCCCAGAGGAUUCUCAGCCAGAACAUUUAGUUCCAAAUGAGAAUUUAGUCGAAUAUGUGAGGGACGUUUAUGGCAAUGUGACUGUUUGCGGAGGGAAAGAUACUAAAUCUAUGGAGGAGGGGACUUCAAAAAGUGGGAUAAACAGAACACCUAUGAGAGGAAUUCUGAAGAGGACUAAGAGCUCAAAUACUAAGGAAAUAAGCGGUUUUCCCAAAGUUCAAGAAGAUGGCGAAUUAUCGGAGAGGAAACUUGUGGACGGUGUAACCACUGUGACAAAUAUCCCUGGAGAAGAUUUCAUCAGUCCCAGAACACUUGGUGAGGUUGAACUUGAUGAAGCUCAGGAUAGUGCUUCACUGCAGUCGCAAGAUUCAAACAAUCAGCAAGCGGAGCCUGGCAGUGGUAUUACUGAGGGUUCCAAUUUGAGUGGUAACAACGAACCUAAACCCAAGUCAGUUAAGAGUGUAUCAGUUGCAGAGGAGUCUGUUUCAAAUGGACUGAACUCACCUCAUAAAAUUGAGUCAACUAAUGACAGUGGUGAGUCACCAGAGUGCACUACACGAAACUUACCUACUAAGGACCUAACUUGUGCAUCAAGUGAAAAUAUUGUCGAGGAAUCAUUGUCCAACUCACCGCAACAAAUCUCAAAAGAACAGUUACCGUCCUCUCAAGAAAAACCAUCUGACGACACGCCCGUUUUUGAAGAAAUUUCAGCUGAUAAAUCUUCAAAACCGGUGGAUAAAACUCAAGGUACAUCAGAUAAAUCCCAGGUUGUAUCAGAUAAGCCCCCUCCUUUAUCUGAACGAACCAGCUCAACUGACAAAACCUUAUCUCGAGAUAACUCUACUGAUAAGACUGCCAGUCCACCUCGGCCCAAUUCUAGUGGUAACAUUGAGACGAUGAGAAAGUGGCGCAGGACGGGAAUGGCCGUGAAAACGUCACUAAAGUUUCAAGAAGCGGGAAAAUUGGCGAUGUUGAAGAAGGCUAUGAUAAAACUUAAGAAGGAUUCUAUCAAAUACAUUAACGCUCUAGCGAAAGAUCACAUUCCUGAAGAUGAGGACCCGUUUAUAUUGCAGCACUUUAACGACAGGACUAAAAAGAAGGUGUAUGUGGGGAGUAAUAAACCUGGGGGCACUGGAGAGGAGCAGGGAGCUUUUGUAGUUGACCCAGCCGGGGAUCUCUACUUCUUUACUCAGGCGCUGGUGACAAUAGCAAUGCUAUACAAUCUUGUCUCUUCUGUCCUCCGCCUGACUUUUAGAGAAUUUGAGGAGCAAAAUCAAUUCGUCAUCUUCACCCUCGACUCCAUCUGUGAUAUCAUCUAUUUAUCUGACUUUGCUGUUAAGUUUCGAAGGGGAUACUUGGAUGAUGGCAUACUGGUAACGGACGUACAGAAGAUAAAAGAAAACUAUAUGUCAUCACAAGAUUUCUCAUGGGACUUAGCUGCUGUUUUACCACUUUGUAUCUCUUAUGGUGUUGCCAUGGAGAUAUAUCAGCAUUCUUCAUACUUAUUUACCAGCAGACCUGAUGUGGAAGCUUCUAUGAUAAAGAACAUUCUAAUUGGGGAGGCGACACUCCGGUUAUUCAAACUCGCUAAAUUCUACUCCAUGCGGAGGUUUUUCGAGAGUUUUGGGAGCAGAACAAACAGCCCAGGUGUGAUGAGAGCGUUCUGUCUGAUAAUGUAUCUUCUCCUCUCGAUACACUGGGUAGCUUGUAUCUACUAUUGUGUGUCUGAGUACGAGGGGUUCGGGAGAAACAGUUGGGUGUUUCCUAAAUAUGAGCCAGAUGAUCCUAAUAGUAAUCUGCAUAGGAAGUAUAUCCACUGUUUCUACUGGGCGUUCCUUACCCUGACAACAAUAGGAGGUCCUGACCAGCCUGACACCACCCUGGAGUUCAUUCUGACUUGUAUAACCUUUUUGUUGGGUAUCUUCAUAUUCGCUGCGGUGGUGGGCAAUGUUGGGGAUGCUAUUACCAGCAUGAACGAGAGUAAAACUACUAAUCAGAAACGAUCGGACGCUAUAAAGUUGUACAUGCAGCAUCACGGUGUACCUGAUAUAUUACAGAGGAAGGUUAAGAAAUGGCUUGAAUACUCAUGGAUGAGAACUCAGGGGGCAGAUGAGCAGAGUCUGAUGGACGCUUUACCAGAACGACUAAGAGCGAGGAUAGCUAUUCAGAUACAUGUAAAGACGCUCAAAAAGGUUAAAAUAUUUGAGAACUGUGAGCAUGGUCUGCUGUGUGAGCUGGUUUUAAAACUAAAACCACAAAUUUACUCACCGGGAGACUAUAUCUGCAGAAUCGGGGAAAUUGGCAAGGAGAUGUUCAUAAUAUCACACGGGAAAGUGGAGUGUAUCAUUACGACGGGUACUGGAGAGCGUAAAACAGUAGCUGUGUUAGUAGCGGGACAGAGUUUUGGAGAGAUAGCUCUGCUGGGAGUGGAGGGAUGUAGUCGCAGGACUGCUGAUGUUAGAGCGAUUGGUUACUCCGAACUGCUGUCCCUGUCUAAAAAAGCUCUGACACAAGCGCUGGAAGAUUACCCUGAAGCAAGAAAGCAGCUGGAACAAGAAGGGAAGAACAGGCUUGGUAAAGGAAGUAGCUCCAACAGUAAUAACGUCAAAGAGGAGUUAGAAGACCAAGUUGCAACAUCCCCUCAGAUAAGUGCUCUGAUAUCACAACUCAAAAACUUUGAUAGCAUGAUGUGCAAAGAAAAGCUUGCCGCACUGACAGCUGAAAAGGAGGCUCUAAAACAGGAACUUAAAACAAAAACAGAAGAGCUUGAAGAGGCUCAGCGACUUAUACUAGAAUACACUGACAAUAGAACGCGAUUAAAGUGAAAUAUCGGGUGUUGUUUUUAAUAUAUGAUUUGAAUGCGACAGAUUAUUCUUUACGGUUACCAGAGAUCUGGUUACUGGUACACAAAUUAUUUAGAAGUAAUUGAACGUAUCUUAUUAUAAUACAAAAUCAGAGCAAAUGUAGUGUCAAGCUUUGAAAGUAGUUUGCUUCGAAAACAGAUUGAGAAUAAUAUAAGAUGAAUGAAUAUUUAUUCAUUGCACUCAUCAAAAUCGAAUGAAGGCAGUCAAAGCAAAAAGACUUAAAUUUCUUCUUUGUUUAAAUUAUUUUUAAGUGAUGAAUUGCUGCUUCACUGUCUGAACAUUUAUAUACUGCAGCAAUACUUUUUAAUUUUAUUUCAGUUUGAUUAAAGUUUUACGAAAUGAAAAUUUGUAAUAUCAGUUGUGGCAUUAGAAUUUCGAUAAAUCAGCUGGUUUUGUUAUUAAAUAAAAUGUCAAACUUGGG